GUCGUUUCCAAGAACAACAUCAAUCUCAAGAUGCUUUCCACCAACCUUCUCACUCUCCUCGCCACUGCCGCGCUGGCCAUCUCGGGCGUCGCCUCUAGCCCUUGCAGGUCACUCCCCAUCUUGGAAUCCACCUGCUCCGAGGUGCAGAUAAAGAAGCGAAUGACUUUGCAACGGGACCAAGUGUGCAGCGGAACCUACCGCCUGACGAACCCGGCCUUCCGGAUCGACCGCCAGAAAGGCCUCACCUGGAACGAGUGCGGCGCCUGGUGCAACGACACCAACGGCUGUACCAUGAUCACAUUCGACCACGACAAUUACUGCGCCAUUUGGCGGGGAACCCACGCUGAGGCGGGCAUGUCGGCCGCGAGUCUUGACGGGGAGUACCUCUCUGAUCUCAGCUGCUUUACCUGCAGGACCAUCCGCAAUACCGAGGAGAUCCGACGGACUUUCUAGAGUUGACGAGGUGGAUAAAUUCAGGGCACGAGGGCGCCGGCUGGUGCAAGCAGACUAUGGAUCGAACCAUGCUCACCAUCGAUGCCGACAAUUCUCAUAAGAUUUACCGGGGACGCCACUCUACGAGGAUCUGUUGCCGCAGAGCCUUAACCAAGAGCGACUGUACGACAUCGGUUGCUUCAACUGCGGGGCCGUUCCCAGCUCCGUGGAGUAAUGUAGGCAAUGGAGAUGGGAUGUCAGGGUCUUAAAUACAUGGAGGGAUCCUUCAAUUUACUUGUAUAAUAAUUCUAGCAGAUCACUUUUUGUAUAUACAUAUUACUCGCUUUACCCAAGCCUCAG